AUGCCACCAGCCCUGCCAAGACGCUUAAUGUUCCGUGCUGCAUGGAGGAGCGUGCUCUACCUCUCCCCAUCAAUCACCAUAUCGACAACUCCCCAAAGACGCCCCAACGAGUCGCACGCCCUCUUCUCUCGAAACACCACACCAUAUAUGACGCGCUCAGCAUGCGCAGAUUUCUACGAUGUUGAAGCUGGAUUCGGGAAUGCUGCUAUCCAACUCUCGCGUUGCUGGCUGCGCGACCCCGACACGCUCCCCUUCGCCAAGCAUGUUGAGCCUCACACGCUCAUUCGCAUGCUUCAAGAUGGCAUGUGCUUCGACCGCUUGCACGCAGAGGCCACAAACACCGAGCCGCGGUAUAGAUUCGGCGCUGACCAUGGACGACCCUACUCGGUGCGCAACGGCGACCUGCUGACCCUCGACAAAGGCAUACCUGCCCACGAGCUCGCCGCCGAAGCAAAUGGCGCUGUGCAAGAGCCACCCCCCAAAAAGGGCAUGAAGCGGAAGAAGGCAAAGACCAACGGUGUCGACCCCCACCCACGACCAGACCCUCAGGUGAACGGCGACGUCAUGGAUGUUGAGCACAACGGCAGCGUGCACGCGCCCAACAGCGUCAACAGCGUAAGAGCAGAUUCUGAGACGGUAGCCUCGGAAGCAGAGUCGCCCAUAGAUGGCGAAAUACCCAUGUCAACGCUCCGCAUUGGACACGACGCCCUCAUCCAAACCGAGCUCGUUACAGAUCUUGCCCCGUCAACCAUUUUCAUUCCGCGUCCCAGCCACUCCCAGCGUCUCGUUCAGCAUACCUCAUGGGGUCCUUCUGAAGCCCCCGUGCUGCUCGCAGCUGGCAAAUCCAUCCUCCAGGUCCACCUAAUCGACAAACGGUCUGACGACGAGCAACCUCUCUCAGUAAAGACAGCAGACCUGCAUCUUCCCGUCAGCAAUCUCGAUGUCACGGCUUUGUGCUGGCAUCCACAAGGCGAACUCACCGUUUCUGCACGAGAAGAAUGCUUCAACGAGUUAGGCGAAAAGAUGAUGACCGACAAGCUGAUUAGAUUAGUUGAUGGUGGCUCAGAUUCACACGUUAUAUCCUCAACCGCGGGCCUCGUAAACACGCUUCGCUGGAAUGCUGAUAAGGAGUUGCUUCUGUCUAUUUCGUCUGAUGGAGAGCGUGGGGCUAUCAAAGUUUGGAGAAAUGACGGCAAUUCAACUCCCGCAUGGAUUGAAUUUACCGACACGGCGAUCAUCGAUGCGCAAUGGAUAAGCGACUCCGCAUUUGCUGUGUGUGGCAUUAAACUCUUCAAGAUUUAUGAAGUUGGCGCGACGUUGUCUCUUCAGCGAACAUUGGACACGCAAGUAUCAUGGGAGAUUUUGAAACACGACAGCUCUUCGGGGGUGAUUGCUGUGCUCGGUAAUACAGAGAAGACAGGCUACCUUGGAAUCCUCCACCCAAAUAACCCCUCGGACCUACAGAUCCACGAAUACCCCGACCAAUACUCCAUGGAUCUCGAUGUCCGCAUUCGAACGCCAGCAAACACUCUCACAAAUGGUUCUUCCGUGCCUCCUGCUCUUCUCGCAACAUGUUCCAUGUCGGGAGUGGUGCGGAUCUGGGACGCCAACGAACCUUUCACCUGUGUCAAGAGGUUGCCUACAACAGACGACACGCAGGCCCUGAAGAUUGCAUUCUCUCCGGAUGGAUCUUUGCUCGCAGCUGCUGGACCAUAUGCCAUGACGGUGUGGGAUGUAGAAAAGAGGGAAGUGCCAUUGGCAUGCUGGAGGGCAGAUGACUUAACAUUAGAUAAGUGGGAUCCAAGCGUUGAUGGCGAAUUUAGUUUGGGCUGGGAUCCGGACAGUUCGCGAUUGUCUGUUGCUCUUGGAAAUCAGAUCGCUGUUAUUCCCAUUGUUCGAUAG